UCCUCCCUCCCGCCCGACCCAUCAGGAGGAGGAGGCGGAGGAGGAGGAGGAAGGGGAGGUAACGCGGUGGGAUGCGCUGGGCCGGGCUCAGAGGGCCGGGGGAGCGGGGUGAGCCCGGGAUGAGCUGAGCUGAGCUGAGCAUGGAGGAGGCGACGGACGCCUACGCCUACGGGGACAACGAGACCGAGUGCGAAUAUGCCGAGUGGGGCCCCUCGCUGGCCCUGCUGCCCGCCAUCUACCUGCUGGUCUUCCUGCUGGGCACGGCGGGCAACGGGCUGGUCCUCUGGACCGUCUUCAAGGGCGGCCGGGACCGCCGGCGCUCGGCCGACACCUUCAUCGCCAACCUGGCUGCCGCCGACCUCACCUUCGUGGCCACCCUGCCGCUGUGGGCGGCCUAUGCCUGGCUGGGCUACCACUGGCCCUUCGGGACCGCCGCCUGCAAGGUCAGCAGCUACCUGGUCUUCGUCAACAUGUACGCCAGCGUCUUCUGCCUGACGGGGCUGAGCUUCGACCGCUACCUGGCCAUCGUCCGGCCUCUGGCCACCGCCAAGCUGCGCUCGCGGGUCAGUGGGCUGGUGGCCACAGUGGCCCUGUGGGCGCUAGCGGCUCUGCUGGCCCUGCCGGCCCUGGUGCUGCGGCGGGCAGCCGCCCUGGGUGGGGACACCAAGAUCACCUGCUACAUGGACUACGGGGGCCUGGCCGCCCCGGGGACGGAGGGCGCCUGGGAGGUGGGGCUGGGGCUCUCCUCCACUGCCCUGGGCUUCGUGCUGCCCUUCGCCGUCAUGCUGACCUGCUACUUCUUCAUCGCCCGCACCGUGGCCAGCCACUUCCGCCGGGAGCGCGCCGAGGGGCCCCGCAAGCGCAAGCGGCUCCUCACCAUCAUCACGGUGCUGGUGGCCGCCUUCGGGGGCUGCUGGCUGCCCUUCCACCUGGUCAAGACCCUCUACGUCCUGAUGGACCUGGAGGUGCUGCCCUGGUCCUGCGGCCUCCACGCCUUCCUCAACAACCUCCACCCCUACUGCACCAGCAUCGCCUACGUCAACAGCUGCCUCAACCCCUUCCUCUACGCCUUCUUCGACCCCCGGUUCCGCCAUGCCUGCGCUGCCCUCCUCUGCUGCCGCCCCCCCGGCCCCGGCACCGACCGCUCCGCCAGCUACUCCUCGGGGCACAGCCACCCCCCCGGCACCAAGGGGGGGCCAGUCCCGGGGGGAAAGCUGGACCCCGCCACCCAGGAGACGCUCUUCCGUGCCUGACCCCCCUUCCCCAGUGCCCCCCGAGCUGGACUCCUCGGGGGGACCCCACCACCUCCCCCUCGCCCCAGAGCCUGGCUCGCUCUGGGGCCCCCCCCGCCGGAAAGCCCCACUCGUGGGAAGGGGAAACUGAGGCAGGGGCUGGGAAGGCCCUGGGAGGAGCCCCUGGGGGGCUCGGGUGGGGUCGGCUCCCCCUGGCAUCCACAGGGCUUUGGAUUUUGUGACAAAUAAA